AUGUCAGAAAGUUCUUCGUCCCCAUUAUGGAGUAUGUUCACUCGUGAAGGAAAUCAAGCAGUGGAGGAAGCACUCCAUGAAGUCAUAAACAGAUGGACACCCGAACUUCCAAACCUAUUGAAUGCCUGCUCCUCUCAAUAUUCUAAAGAGGGUUUCGAAACAAUGACGAGUAACGAUGAUGAUAUCAUCGUGAUGGACAUGAUCUAUGAAAUUCAACAUCUCGUCGGAGAGAAAGGUAGAGGUAAAACGUUUCUCUAUAAAUAUGCAGAACAUCCCGAAGAUUGGAUUCAUGGUCAUGAUGAAGUCGGCGAUACAGCUGUUCGAGAGCGUUUGUAUUGUUAUUUGAAAGGUUGGAUGGAAAACCAAAGGACCAAACAAGAUUGA